UCCCUGUCUUGCUUACACAACCCAUAUUCUGCAUUUCCUUGAACAAUAUCACUGAACCCCGAUUGAAACAAAAAGUUUUCUGUGCUUGGGUCAACUCCCAUAUUGCAAAUUUCUUGCCAUGCCAGGAAACAUCCAAGUUUCAGUUCUAGAAUUCAUGGGGCUCCCAUCUUCCUCGCCUUCUUCAUCAAUAUCGUUUAAAGUUUCCAUGGGGAAAAUAGAGUUCCAAACUUGGGACAAGGGAGACUUCUCUUUCCCAUUAACAACCCUCCGCGACAAUUUGAUUGUUGCACUUCUGGAUGCUGAUGGGAAAGAAAUAUCACAUGCAGGGGUUGAGACCACGUCUAUAGUGGAAAAAGGUAUUUGGGAUGAUCUUUUUCUCCUUGAAGGAGGCGGUCAUGUGCAUAUGAAGUUGCAGUUUGUUCUCAGUGAAGAAGAGCGUGACCGGAUCCGUAUGAUGAGAGCUUCUGCAUUGAAAAUUAAACAUGAUGAGCUUCUCAAUCGCAGUAUUAGAAGUUCACGGACUGCAACAAUGGAAGGUAGUACUGUUACAUCAUCUUUGGGCUUCAGCCAUGAGGUCUCAGCAGUAAGUGUUGAAGAGAUAACCUCCAAAGGUUGUCUGGUAUCAAGUCCUGUUAUUUUCUGCAAGAGUGAAAAAUCUGGUACCGAGAGCAUUAAAGGAAUUCAUCCUGAUCAGAAGCAAUUGACUUCAAAUGAUGCAGAUCAAUAUGAAGAGGUUUCAUCAGCAAUUCCUGUGCCACAAGGAGUUGAUGUCCAUCUAACUGAAGAAAGUCAAGGGGAACUAUUUGAGAAGAAUGAGAGCAAGUCACUCCCUGCUGAAUUUCCUAUAAGAUCCAAUGAAAGUUCAUUACUUUUGGGAGGUUCGGGAUUAGACCGUGCUGCCACGAGUGAUUCAAUACCUCACAAUCUGGAGGAAGAUAGGGCUCACAACCCUCAGAAGCAGAGUCAGCUAGGGAAAACUCCUAGCAAAGUAAGGAAAAUGAUAAGUGCCUUUGAAAGUGGUCUAGCUCAGGAUAUGAGGCCUUCCAUCAAACCACCACCAACACAAUCUCAGUCAAAGGAGUUGCAGCAUGGCCCAACAUUUAUCAGAAAAAGAGGAGAGAAAAUUAAUUCACUUGGAGCUUUAGAUGGGAGUAAAUCAUCUCGGGACACUGGGAAGCUGGAGGAGUCUAACACAAAGAAAUUUCAGAUUAAAGGAACAAAUUCAAAUCUUAGGGAUGAAUUCAAUGUAGUGAAUAAAGAAGUAGAUAGAGAGGAAGAGAAAUCUCAUCAAGAUUUGAUGAGAUUACCCACAUUUGAAACACCUACAGUAUCAGGAAGGAUGCUUGAUGAGCAUUCAGGUAGGCAGCCUCCUUGUAAUUUGUUUCCUGAUAAGCAAGAUUCUUGUGGCAAUACAGUUACAGUGGAAAGUAGAAGGGGAAUUCAAUUUAAAAAUUUACAAGAAAUCAAUGUUGGAGGAGCCUCAUGCCAUAAAUUCGAAUCAUUAGAGUGUUGUGAAGCUAAGCAUUCCUCAUUUGAAAGCUCUGAUGCCUGGAUAUUUCCAGAUGAAGCAAGACGCUUUUGUGUAACAACUGGUGGUAAGAAAGUCAUGAUUCUGAUGGGAGGUAGCAGUAUUAAGCCAAAGCUCCAGGAAGGAAAGCUGAAUCUCUCUAUGCAAGAAAAUAUGGAAGAGCAUACUGUGGAUGCUGGAAAUGUUAUCAAGGUGGAUAAAGAUGAGAAGAAUUGCCACAAAAUAAGAAAAUUAAAACCUGAGAGUUCGGAGGAUAUGGACACUUCUGGAGGACCCUUGGGACAGGCAAUAAAAGUUGCAAUCAUGGUCGGAUUUGGAAUACUUGUUCUCCUUACUAGACAAAGAAAUAACAGAUAGAAGUUGCUGUUGAUGGAUCUAAAGGCCAUCAUGCUGAGGAACUUUCUUGUAUCCAUGAUUUUCUUUUUUUCUUUUU